AUGAUCUUUGUGGGUUUCAAUGAUGGUUCUAAGUCCAUCCGCUAUUAUGAUCCCUCAAAACGAAAUAUCAAGUCAUCAAGAAAUGUUUCAUUCAAUGAGAAUGAAGAGCCACAUGAGCUAACUAUUACAGAAUUGCCCGGUUUGCGGUCUGAGGGGGAGCAAGGGAAGAUCUCGACAUCCUCGCAAACCAUUCCCCAAAAGGAAACCGCACAACAAGCGCCCAUCGAAGAAGCCGAGCCGCUCGCGGAAACUCCGGAAACACCUCAAGAGCCAGACUCUCGUCAACUCCGAGAGAGGAAGACACCAAUUGAUUACAAGAAGCUGGCAAAUCCGGACUCAAAGAAGCCUGCAGCAAGAUUGCAAGGGCAAGAACUCAGGUAUACUCCCACUCCCUCGCCUCCACCUGAUCCUACUCGUCACACGAAGGCGUCCCAAGCUCGGGCACGUGAGCGCGCACACUUCGCACGAUCAGGAAACUAUACCAUAUGUCCCGAAGUAUCUGAUGAUAAAUUUGUCCGGGAAAUAAUUGAAGGGUACAUGUUUAUUAAUAGCCCUACAGAACCGGACAUCCCACGGACUGUGGACGAGGCUUUACAAAGCCCGGAGGCAUUCUACUGGGAAGCAGCAAUGAGGGAAGAAUUAGCCACCAUCAAGAAGAUGAAUACAUGGGAGGAAACCGACCUACCGGAAGGAAGAACCGCGAUAGGAUCAAGAUGGGUUUUCGACAAGAAACACGACGAGCACGGGAAUGUCAUUAAAUACAAGGCUCGAAUAGUCGCACAGGGCUUCUCACAGAAGCCAGGGACCGAUUACAGCAACGACGGCACGUUCGCACCGGUUAUGCGCUUUGAAACAUUGCGCACCGGACUCGGUCUCGCAGCAAUAAAUGGAUGGGAUCUCCGUCAAUUCGACGUGAAGGGAGCCUAUUUAAAUGGCUACCUCGAGGAGGAGAUUUAUAUGCGACAACCUCCAGGUUUUGACGACGGUACAGGCCGUGUCUGCCUGCUUAAACGAUCCCUCUACGGCCUCAAACAAGCCGGAAAUGUUUGGAAUAAAGAAUUUGACCGAGCCAUGCAAGAUUUGGGAUUUAAUCGACUCAAAUCCGAUUCCUGCUGCUACCUGCGUCGCACGGGCGACGAUUUCGAGAUCCUACUUGUAUGGGUCGACGAUAUAUUGUCCAUAGCGAGUACAAGCGCCCGAAACGAUGUUGUGGAGAAGGAUCUAGGCAGUAAGUUCGAAAUUAAAGCACUGGGACGACCCCGAAUGCUUCUUGGAAUGGGAAUGGCUCAAAAUGAUGAAGAGCAUACCAUAUCCCUCUUCCAGACUGCCUACAUCGACUCCUUGCUCAAGAAAUAUGGUCUAGACGACUGCAACUCUGUUACGACGCCUCUAGACCCCAAUGUUCGUCUCGACGACGACUCAGAUGAAGAAACAAAGCCAGGAGUGAACCAGGACCAAGACGAGCGCUUAUCUGUCGGAUACGCGACGCUUAUAGGUUCUCUGAUGUAUCUGGCCAUUGGAACGCGUCCAGAUAUCGCAUACACCGUCCAGAAGCUCGCCCAGUUCACUCAGAACCCCAAACCGAAGCACUGGACCGCUGUGAAGCGAAUAUUUCGCUACCUCAAAGGAACUCGUACCCAUGCACUUACUUACAGCGGGUCCGACGACUUUACUACCCCAGAACUCAAUAUUUAUUGCGACGCCGACUGUGGAAGCAACGCGAACCGUAAAUCAGUGAGUGGUUACGUUGUCACACUCGCUGGAGGCGCAGUUUCUUGGAGUUCCAAGAAACAAACCACGGUAGCACUCUCAACCGCGGAAGCGGAGUAUGUAGCUGCUACUCAUGCCGCAAAACAAGUCCUGUGGCACCGUUCUCUGUUCACAGAACUUGGAAUUGACUUACCAACGACCUCGACAAUCUUCUCGGACAACCAGGCCACCGUUUCUAUCGCACACCACCCGGAAUUUCAUGCACGCACGAAGCACAUCGACAUCGCGCUUCAUUUCCUCCGUGAUCUCGUACAGAACGGCACCCUCAAUCUUGUGUAUAUCAACACGAACAACAACUUAGCCGAUCUAUUCACGAAAGGACUACCUAGAUCUGUACAUCAAGAUCUAACUACGGAGAUCGGCGUUCUGUCCGAGUAA